CCCAGCUCAAUACAUCUCUCAAAUAAUUUUUCUGCAAACCUAGAAUUACUCUGAUAUCUCUCUCUCUUUCACAUGCUUUCCUCCCCAAAAGCAACCCUAAUCGUUUUCUCCUAUGACUAAAGCAUCCCUUGCAUGGCUAUUUCUCUUGAUUUAGGCGCGGAAUAUUCUUGCUCAACAUUUCAUAACUCACACUCAAAAUAUCAGUUCUACCAAUUCAUGUUUUUCUUAUUUGUGUCAGGUAGUUUAAUAUAAAUUACUCCCUCUGUCUUUUUUGUUUUUAUCUAUCUUAAUUUCUACUUUGGUCUAUCUGUUUUUAUCUGUUCGUUCUGUUUAUAGACAUACUUUCCCCUUAAACUAUCAAAUAUACCAUUUUUUUUUACAAUCGUAAAAUCAUUUUUAAUAUAAACUUAAUUCAAAGUCUUAAAUAUUAUCAUCAUAUAUAAGGAAAAAAUUUAUUCAAUAUCUUUGUAUGAAUCGUCAUUCUUUUUUUAAAUAAAUUUUUUUAUGAUAGUUAUAAUAUUUCUAAAAGAGCUUCUACAUUUAUGGAGUACAUUUCGUUCUAAUUGUGGCCAUAAUAAAAGCAGUAUGUCUUUGUUUUUAUUUUCUUAAAAUAUUUUCUAAAAUUAUAAUAGUUUCCAAUUUAUAUUUUUUAAUAUAAUAACUUUAGUUUUAGUAAUUACAUAACAUUGAAUAGGGCUAGUCAAGCAUUAAUCAUGACAUUUUGUAGGAUUUUCUUAAUAUUUUGACUUUGUCAAUUAGGACUGUUAAUUAAAAACGGAGAGAGUAAUUGUUUGUGGUGGGAACUAUUUCUUUUUGUUUGAUCCUAUUGUUACAAAUGAGUUGUUAUUAAUGCAAGAAAAAUAAGUUUCCAGCGUAACAAGAGAUGUGAUAAAUAAAUUUCUUGUUUACAAAUGUUUAGUUUCAUUUUUUUUUUCUAAAUUUCUUCUUCUCUUGUCCGCCUGAGUUAUAUGCUUGCUUCCCCUCAUUCUGUUGUCUUGCACCUUUUCAACAAAAUCUCAUAGGAACUUUGCUUAAACUUUAAAGAAAAAAGAAAAAGACUUGUAAAAAAUCGAAAACUCACUCUUCCGCUAUCACACACGGGAUGAGUAUUCUUCUUGGCUUAGACCUUCCGGCUCAAGUCCUAGUUCCCGAUCCAACUCUUCCAAAAACCCAAAGGCACUUGCAACAUGGGAACUCUAUACAUACAGGCAUUUAAAAUUUACUUCGGGUUUUAUGCAAUCCAAGUUAGUAACCAUCAAAACAUUUUUUAAUACUACAUAUGUUCAUUUUAUGGCUGGGCUUUGCAUGUGAAGCUCGAAUUGAAUAUUUUGAAGUGUGCAUGGAUGUUUGGGAUUGUGAGAGAUUUAAGAAGAGUCAAAGAAGACUGGAUCACUAAAUUCCUAAAUCGAGGUACAAAGUACAAACUACAAAUUAAGCUUGGCCAUUAGAUUUUUAAACUAUUCAAAAGGAAUAUUAAGAAUUUUUAGUCUCUUACUUCAAAAUCUUAAGGUGACCUUGUGAUAGUAAAUGUGAUCACCUAGAUACUAUAGGUACUAAAGAGACUAGUUUUUCAUUCCGGCCAGUAAGAUGUUCAGAAAUAAAAAUGGGUGAAGCAACUACUUUCCUCUUGGUUUUGUCUUGCUUGCAACCGUUUCUUCUCUCAUCAGCUGCUAAUAAUGAAACUCCUCCACGACAACCAAAAGGUAUAUGCCUUGAGAAAAUUGCAAAUGGAUCCUACCUUGACAUGGCUGCUCAUCCUGAUGGAUCCAAUCGUGUUUUCCUGGCCAACAUACAUGGUAAGAUUUGGUUAGCAACAGUUCCUGAACAAGGAUUUGGAGAAGAAAUACUUAUCGUCGAUGAAUCCAGUCCAUUUUUAGAUAUAACGGAUACAGUACAUGUUGAGAGUGAGCUUGGUCUUCUGAGUAUCGCAUUCCAUCCGAAAUUUGCACAAAACGGGCGAUUCUUUGCCUCUUAUAAUUGUGAUAACGCUAAAUGGUUUGGUUGUUAUGGAAGAUGUUCGUGCAAUACAGAUGUUAACUGUGACCCUUCAAAGUUAAGUCCUCGAAAUGGAGCCAAGCCUUGCCAGUAUCACUCGGUUGUUUCAGAAUUUACUGCUAAUGGCAGUUCAUUAUCAGAUCCAUCCUUGGUAAUAAGAGCUAAUCCAACAGAAGUGAGAAGGAUCUUCACCAUGGGGCUUGCGUAUACAACAUUUCAUGGAGGCCAAAUCCUAUUUGGACCUGAUGGGUAUUUAUACUUAACGACCGGGGAUAAUGAAGCUAGAACUGAUCCUUACAAUUUUGCACAGAACAAGAAAUCACUGCUGGGAAAGAUUCUCAGGUUUGACAUUGAUAAAAUACCCAGUAAGUGCAAAAGAAACAAGUUCGAGCGGUGGGGAAAUUAUUCUGUUCCCAAUGACAACCCUUAUAAUGAUGACAAAGAGUUGCUGCCUGAAAUUUGGUCAAUAGGCCUUAGCAAUCCUUGGCGAUGUAGUUUCGAUUCUGACAGACCUUCUUACUUUCUUUGUGGAGAUUGUGGGCAGGAUAAAUAUGAGGAGGUGAAUCUCAUCACCAAGGGUGGAAACUACGGAUGGCGAGAUUACAAGGGUACAACUUUCGCUGAUCCUGCAAACUUUACCAAAGAAGAAAACAGAACUAUUAGCACCGAAAAAUAUAUCCCCCCUGUAAUGGGAUAUGCGCAUUCUAGUGUAAAUGCGAACGAAGGAUCUGCAGCUAUUACAGGUGGUUACUUCUAUCGGUCCAAAACUGAUCCAUGCAUGUAUGGAAGGUACUUGUACGCGGAUUUGUAUGGGAGUGGUAUGUGGAUAGGCACAGAAACCCCAAUAAAUAGUGGGAAUUUCAGUACUUCUGAAAUUUCCUUUGGCUGUGCUUAUGACUCUGCGCUGCAGUGUAACUUUGCCGAAGAAAGUCCAUUACCUAGUGUGGGUUACUUAUUCUCAAUGGGUACGGAUAACAAGAACGAUGUUUUUUUGUUAACAAAUAAUGGUAUUUUGAGAAUUGUUCGUCCUAGUCGAUGUAAUCAUACUUGCUCACUGGAAAAUAUUACAGAUUCUCGGAACUCAUAUCUUAUGCAUCCAUCUUGCAACAGUGGCAGAAUUCCACAGACGAAGUUGUUGAUUUUGUUCCCAUCUUUGGGUUUGUUACUUUUUUUUAUGAUUGUAAUCUUAUAAUCAUUGUACUUAGGUUAACUAUUGAAUUAGUUGGGUAUUCAUCAUUGAUUGCAUAUUUUU